AUGUUACUAGCAGUUACUUGCUGUACUGUACAUAUUCCUAUACAGGAUAUUCGUUACAUUGAAUUUUUUCCGGAGUGCUUUAAAAUUGUUUUCAAUGCGAUUGUAGAAUGUUCAAUGGAAAUAGAGGUUUUCAGGAAUGAUGUCGGUGGAAACUCAAACUCAGUAUUGCAACAUGUUACACAAGCCCUUUUGAUUGAUGAAUCGAGUGCUUCAGUUCCAGUGAUGACUUCGAGUCAACCUGUCCCUUCUAACUCAAAGCGACGAUCUGCAAAUUUUGCUCCUAAUAUUUGGCACGAUACUUUCCAAAAAUAUGCUGAUUCUAAAUUCUUGUUUUUAAAUAGUAUAAGACUAAGUUUAAUUGAUUCAAUUCAACGUUUGAGUAUAUCUUAUCAUUUUGAAGAUGAAAUUGACAGCAUAUUAGUACAAAUUCACAAUGAUUUUACCAACAAAGAUCUUACUAUAGAGGAACGUGACCUUCAUUUUGUCGCAUUACUUUUUCGUUUGUUCCGACAAAAAGGAUAUAUCAUUUCAUCAGGUAUAUACAAUAAAGAAGGAGAAUUCGAUGAAAUAAUUGUUGUUCAAGAUGUUGAAGGAAUGUGGAGCUUGUAUGAGGCUGCACAGUUAAGAUUUCAUGGAGAAGAUAUAUUAGAGGAAGCACAUGAAUUCACAUACAAUAAACUUAAGUCUAUCACCAAUCAAUUGAGUCCAUCUCUUGCUGAUCAAGUCAAUCAAAGUUUAGUACAAUCUUUUCACAAGGCAAUUCCAAGAAUGAAGGCAAGGUCAUAUAUGUCUUUUUACGAAGAAAGUUAUACGCAUGAUAAAGUUCUUCUAAAGUUUGCAAAACUAGAUUUCAAUAUGCUACAAAAAUGGUACCAGAAAGAAGUUGGUAGUGUCACCAAGUGGUGGGAAAAGUUAGAAUUUUCGAAAAAGGUGCCUUAUGCAAGAGAGAGGAUAGCUGAGUUAUACUUCUGGCCAUUUGCUAUGAACUCUAAGCCUAAAUAUACUACUUUUAGAAGGGUGGUGGCCAAAGUGACUCAAUGGAUGACUAUAGUUGAUGACACUUAUGAUGUCUAUGGAAGAAUAGAAGAACUUGAGCUCCUCACACAGGCAAUCCAAAGAUGGGAUAUUAGUUACAUUGCAUCUCUUCCAGAGUGCUUUAAGGCGAUUUUUAAUGCAAUUGUAGAACUUGUUGAUGAAAUAAUAGAAUUAAGUGCUGGGAGUGGAGAAUCAGACUUCUUGUUGCAAUGUCUCAAACAGGCCUUGUCUCAUUAUGCACAAGGUUACAUUGAUGAAGCAAGAUGGUGCCAUGAGGGAUAUAUUCCGCCAUAUGAUGAGUAUAAGGUUGUUGCAUCUGCUACUACAACAUAUCAAGCGCUUACAAUAAUGUUUAUUGCUUUGGGAGAAUUUGCAACUAAAGAAACUCUUUAUUGGAUUUCUAAUAAUAUUCCACUCAUCGUACUAGCUUCAUCACUUGUUACUAGACUCACAAAUGAUUUGGAUUCACACAAGUUUGAGCAGCAAAGAGAACAUGCUGCUUCGGCCGUAGAAUGUUGCAUGAAGCAAUAUGGCUUUUCAGAAGAGGAGGCCCAUGAAUUCAUCAAAAAGGAUAUCAAUAAUUACUGGAAGGAUAUGAAUGAAGAGUACCUCAAGUUAAUUGAAUAUAUCCCAAGGCCAGUCCUUGAUUGCAUUGUUAACAUGGCACGCAUAUGUGAGUUUCUAUAUGCAAAUUUUGGAGAUAAAAUUACAGAUUGUGCACUCUGUAAAGACCACAUUGCGCCACUGCUUUUGGAUCCCGUGGUCGUGUAGCAGUUUUAUGGUCCUAAUAAGCUUUUGAGUGUUUGGCCUUAAUUAAUCUUUAAUUAUAUGCAUGUAUGGUGUUCUCGUCCUGUUGUUAUUGUUUGUUUGUAUUGUCUUGUAAGGAUACCAAGUUCUUUG